AUGAAUAGUGGUGCAAAUAAAAUAGAAUCAAAUAGUUUUUUAAGGUAUCUGCCAAAGACAAUCUAAUUAUUAAUGAAACAUUCUUAGAUAUUAUUAAAAUAAAGUUUAGAUGUGUUGAACAACAGUAAAAGGAUAUUAAAUCAAAAUGAUGUUUUUCCUCAAGUAUUAUCAUCUGAAAACAUAAUUAUAAAACAAUAAUAAAAAUUUAAUAUGUAAGAAACAAUUGAAUUAAUUCAAUGUUAUAAUUAACAUGAGCAGGUACUUUAGGCUUAAAAUACUUUAAGAUUAAAUUCGAAUUGCUUAGAGCGAUUGAAUUCAGAAGUAACUAUUGAUUAUGGAAAAACUUAACCGUCUAACCAGUUAUAAUAUAAAUUAGUUUAAGAAGUUAAACAAACUAUAUGGUGUCAUGCAUUAGCAUUAAUCAUAAUAAAUCCAUUAUGGUAAGUGGUUUAAACAACUGCAUUAAAAUAUGACAAUUUUAAUAAGGAUAAUUGUUGGAUAAAAAUUUAAUCUUAAAUGGUCAUGAAAAAUUAAUAAAAUGCAUUGUUUUUAGUAAAAAACAUAUUUAGAAUGAGGAUCACAAGAUUAGAAACUGAAAAGAAAAGUAGAGUUGGUUUUCUUCUAAAAAAACACAUUCAAAUUGGGUAAUCUAAUUAAUUAUCAACUAAUAAGAGGAUGAAUUGAUAUCUUGCAGUGUUGAUAAGAGAAUUAAAAUUUGGAGACUUUCAUAUGAUUAAUUCAAUUGAAUUUAUUGAUUCUUUUGAGAAACAUUAACAAUAAGUAGUAUCAAUAAGUUUAAAUUAAUUUUAAUAAUAGUUAGUAUACUGGAAUGAAGAUUAAUAAGUUAUUUUAAGGAAAAGAACUAGCAAUUUAAAAAUAUUAUCCUUGUGCCAAUUCAAGAAAUAAAUAGAAGAGCUAGUUUACUUAUGGAUAAUUAAAUUAGAUGUAAAACAUCUUAAGCAGAGAUAGAAGGUUAUAAAUUAGUAAAAGAUUAAAAGUAAGUAUUCGAUUUUGAAUUUAAAAGUUAUGACAGAAGCUAGUAGAAUUUUAAAUUGUUUUUAACAUUUAAACUUAGUUAAUAGUAAUAAAGCAUCAUAACUAUUUUUAUUUUAUUUUUUUAAAUUUAGGUGAUUUUAGAAUGCCAAAAAGAAGUAUUUCAGGCCACGAUAAAUUUAAAAAACAUCCUUUCUAAAUAACAAUGAUUAGAUUAAUCAUAAGUAAUGCAACACUAUAAGAAAUAUAUCAAAAAUAUUUAGUCAAAGUGAAUGAAAAUGGAGAGGUUUUGAUGAAAAUCCAUUAACUAUUCUUUUGUAUUUAUUUCUGGAAUGGAUAACUAAAAAGAGAUUUGUUUUGUAGUGCAAUAGAAGAUUUGAAAUAGUACUUUCUGUAGUUAGAUGAAUUUCGAGAUCGAUAAUAAAUAAGUACAGAUGCUAAAGGCAAUGAAAUAGUGAAAAAUACAACAGCGCUAAAAUGUAGAACAGAAAAACUGCAAAGUAUGAUGUAUUAACAGGAUUUAGUGCAAUUUUAACAUCUAAUUAGAAUCUGUACUUCAGACCUUCAUUUCUAGUGAAUAAAUUUGUUCAUAUAGUGGGACAGAUAGAAGGUAAAAAAAGAGAAUCUUAGGUAUGAUUUUUAAUUUAAUAACAGAUUUACUUUAAAUUCAAGUCAUAUCCACUGCGUUACCAAGUAGUGUGA